AAUGACAGCGCAUCCAAUCAGUCGUUCGAAGAAUUUUCCAUAAUUACAUUUUCCUGUAGUGGUUGCGGUAGAAAAAGUAGGAUAAUUUCCAAAACAACUAACAUUCAGGUAUUAUUAAUGUUAAUCAACGUGUUUGAGUCUGGCGGGUUUCGAGUUAUUCCCUGACAGUUCGCAACCAGAAGUUGUUGGUGCUGGAGCGAAGACCAAUGUGCUGUGGUUCAUGCUAGUUUCGAACUUCACUGUGGUUCUGUAGUUAAAUUAAACAUGAUGGUUUCGCCUCAAGUCGUCGCCUGUGUGGUGCUUCUCCCGUUGAUUCUUACAGAAAGUGGAACUAUCCAGCAAGCCCGCGCUCAAAACACCAUAACCAAGAAAAUCUUCGGCCCGAAAUUCGGGUCUUUCGGAAACCACCCUCCGCCGCGUCACGACAGCCCCUCGUCUCCUUGCACUUGCACUUGCGGCGAACGCAACGAAAACAGCCGCAUAGUCGGCGGAAAGCCCACAAACGAAAACGAAUUUCCAUGGAUGGCCCGCCUUUCCUACUUCAACAGGUUCUACUGUGGAGGAAUGCUGAUCAAUGACCGCUACGUCCUAACUGCAGCCCACUGCGUUAAAGGGUUCAUGUGGUUCAUGAUCAAGGUGACUUUCGGCGAACACGACCGCUGCUCGGACGCCAAGCGCCCGGAGUCCAGGUUCGUCCUGCGGGCCAUCGCCGGAGCCUUCAGUUUCCUCAACUUCGACAACGACAUUGCGCUGCUGAGGCUCAACGAUCGGGUGCCGAUCACGCAGAACAUCAAGCCGAUUUGCUUGCCCAAGCUGAAAGAUAAUUUGUACGUGGGGUCGACGGCGGUGGCUACGGGAUGGGGGACUCUGAAGGAGGACGGGAAGCCGUCUUGUAUCUUGCAGGAAGUUGAUGUACCGGUGCUGAGUAAUGAGGAGUGCAGGAAUACCAAUUACUCGGCGAAGAUGAUUUCCGAUAAUAUGUUGUGUGCAGGAUAUCCUGCUGUGGGUAAAAAGGAUUCCUGUCAGGGUGACAGCGGUGGACCUUUGGUGACGCAAAGAAAGGAUAAAAGAUACGAAUUAAUCGGGGUCGUCUCGUGGGGAAAUGGAUGUGCGAGACCGGGAUAUCCAGGAGUGUACACCCGUGUGACACGAUAUUUGGAUUGGAUUUUGCAAAAUUCUGCAGAUGGUUGUUUUUGCGAAGACUGAAGGUGGAUGUAGAUAUGUUGUUUGUGAUAUACGAGAUAGCAGAACUUAAGUAGGCAUUCUGUGCAAUUUAGAAGCGUAGUCGCUACGACGUAGAUAAUAAAGUACCUAAUGUAAUAUGUAAUGUAUGUAACAGACGUUAAUAAUUAAAUCUUACACCAUGUCUAGAUAAUAA